AUGGGCCCUCGAGGGCUGGCACUGUGGAUACCCCCCGGACAAGUAAAACAAGAUUUGUGCCUGUCUGCAGCAGCCGCCGCUCCGAUGCACACAAAUCAGCGAACGAUGCAAUCGCUGCGCCGCUCGAUCAUCUCCCACCGUGCGGCGUUCGCGCCGGUGGUGAGCGUGAACCCCCUCUACGCACCCGCCGGCGCUGUCUGGGGCAUGGUCGCGCAGCGUCGACACAAGAGCACCGACGCGCUCGCCGAUGAGCUGGUAUCGGCGUGCGAUGAGCUCCUCGCUGCGGGCAAGCGGAUCAACUGGGUGUUCUUGGGUGCCCCGGGGGUGGGGAAGGGCACGUACGCCAGUCGAAUUUCGAAGCUGAUGAAGAUCCCUCACAUAUCCGCGGGGGAUCUGGUCAGGGACGAGAUCAAGCGCGGCACCGAGCUCGGGGCGCGGAUGUCGGCGAUCACCUCCAAGGGGCAGCUCCUCCCGGAUGCGAUGAUCCUCGACAUCCUGAAGGGGCGUGUCGAGAAGGGGAUCGAGGAGGGCGAGCGAGGAUUUCUCCUUGACGGCUUCCCGCGAACAGUGGCCCAGGCUGAGGAGCUGAACAAGUUCACGGAGGUGCAGCAGGUGAUGAACCUCGGGCUCAGGGAGGAUAUCCUGGUCGAGAAGUGCUGCGCGAGGCGUGUGUGCAAGGAGUGCGGCAAGAACUUCAACAUCGCGGACAUCUACCACCCGGGAGAUCCUCCUAUCGUGAUGCCACCGCUCAACCCGCCCGCUGGGUGCGAGGACAAGAUGGAGCAGCGCAAGGACGACACCGAGGAGGUGGUCAAGGCCAGGCUGCAGGUGUACAAGGACAACUCGGUGCCGGUGGAAGAGUUCUACCGCACGGCUGGGAUGCUGACGGACUUUGAGAUCAAGAGCGGCAUCCCUGAGACGAUGCCCAGGAUCCUGAAGGUCAUCCUUGACAUCGUGCGUUCCACGCCCAAGUAG